CUCAUUGCAAUCAUGUACAAUCACGUUAUCUCCUGUAAUUGUAGAUGUAUGUUUUUAAAAAGUCAGCAGCGCCUCGACCGUCUCUUAACAUGAGGUGCACUUGUUUUGGAAUUUGAUUCGCCGAGGAGGCUGCGCGCGCCCCGCCCCCUCCCCAACGGCCUCUGCUGAUUGGCCGCCGCCGUCGCCUGUCACCGGGACAUCAGGGGAGGCACGAGUUGGCCCAUAAGCCUCCGCUCGCGAGUCAUCAGUGUCAGACACGUAGUGGGAACGAGCAGGUCCCGAUGCACAAGUCACGGCAACCCUCGUCGGAGAUGAAGGCGGACUCCGACUGGCUCUGAUUUUUAAAAGCCCUUUUCAUUCAGGAGGUUUGGUUGCCAAUGGUUAUCGAUAUGGCAGAGCCGUUAUCCCAAGCGACCACCGCUGCAAAAAUGGCGUCACUUAACCGGGUCCGAGUUUUGGCGAUGAUUUUCUUAACUGUCACCGGCUGUUGUGUCACCCCGACGAGUGGCAAGGAAGGGUCCGAGGAGACCGUCAUCAUAGGGCUCCGACUGGAGGACACGGACGACAUUUCCUUCAUGGAUAGGGGCUACCUGCGGGUGAGUGAGCGCUCUCGGGUGAAAUUACGGGUGUACGGGCUGAACAUCAACAACGAGACCUGGUCCAAAAUCUCUUUCACGGAGCACGAGCGGAGCCGGACGGUUGGGAGCCGUGACAGCUCCUCGGGGGAUAACCAGAGCCAAGAGGACUCGUCGUCGGGCUCGCAUCCCUGCGGCAUUAGGACUUCGGAUAUAAUCAUAUUGCCCAGUAUCAUCCUGAAUCGAAAGACGACGGGAAUAGUGGAAAUUGAGGUCAAACCGCUUCGAAAAACCGAGAGGAGUAAGUCGUAUUACCUUUGCAUCGCCACCGCGUCACCGGCCUCGGGCGGGAUGAACGACCCGUGGACCGAGAACACCUGGAUCUACCACGAUGGCGACGACACCAAAGUGAUCGUGGUGGAGGAGAAAAAGUUUCUGUUGCCCUUCUGGCUCCAGGUCAUCUUCAUCUCCAUGUUGCUGUGCCUGUCCGGUAUGUUCAGCGGGUUGAACCUGGGGCUCAUGGCUCUGGACCCCAUGGAGCUCCAGAUAGUCCAGAACUGCGGCACGGAAAAGGAGAAGAAUUACGCCAAGAAAAUCGAGCCGGUCCGGAGCCAAGGGAAUUACUUGCUUUGCUCGCUCCUGCUCGGCAACGUGUUGGCGAACACCACGCUGACCAUCCUGCUGGAUGAUAUCGCCGGUUCGGGGUUGAUCGCGGUGGUCAUGUCCACCAUUGGAAUAGUCAUUUUUGGGGAAAUCGUGCCCCAGGCCAUCUGCUCCAGACACGGCCUCGCCGUCGGGGCCAACACUAUCUUCCUCACCAAGUUCUUCAUGCUGCUCACUUUCCCCGCCUCCUACCCGGUGAGCAAGCUGCUCGACUACCUCCUGGGCCAGGAGAUCGGAACCGUGUACAACCGGGAGAAGCUUCUGGAGAUGCUGCGCGUCACGGACCCUUACAACGACCUGGUGAAGGAGGAGCUGAACAUCAUCCAGGGCGCGCUGGAGCUCAGGACGAAGACCGUGGAGGGCGUGAUGACGCCGCUGAGCGAUUGCUUCAUGAUCCCCGGGGAUGGCACCCUGGACUUCAACACCAUGUCCGAGAUCAUGAAGAGCGGCUACACGCGCAUCCCCGUCUUUGAGGGCGAGAGGUCCAACAUAGUAGAUCUGCUCUUUGUCAAGGACCUGGCGUUUGUGGACCCGGAUGAUUGCACCACUCUCAAAACCAUCACAAAGUUUUACAGCCACCCCUUGCAUUUUGUGUUCAAUGACACCAAGUUGGAUGCAAUGCUGGAGGAGUUUAAAAAAGUCGUGUUGCUCUUUCCCCUCCGUCCUUCUCUCUCUCUCUCUCUGAUUUGUGAAUGCAUUAGGACAUGUGGGAAUGGUGCAACGGCGGUGCUGAGGUUAUCAGGAAAAUCCCACCUGGCCAUAAUUCAGAGGGUGAACAACGAGGGCGAGGGAGACCCUUUCUACGAGGUUCUGGGUAUCGUCACCCUGGAGGACGUUAUUGAAGAAAUCAUCAAGUCAGAGAUCCUGGACGAGACGGACUUGUACACCGACAACAAGACCAAGAAGAAAAUCACCCAUCGGGAAAGGAAGCAGGAUUUCUCGGCCUUCAAGCAGACCGACAAUGAAAUGAAGGUUAAAAUAUCACCUCAGCUUCUGCUGGCUACCUUGCGUUUCCUAGCAACAGAGGUCGAGCCGUUCACACCGCUGCAAAUGUCCGAGAAGAUUCUGCUUCGCCUGCUGAAGCACACGCACGUCAUCCAGGAGCUGAAGUACGACGAGAAGAACAAGCGGGCGGCGGAGCACUACCUCUUCCACAGGAACAAGCCCGUGGAUUACUUCAUCCUCAUAAUGCAGGGGAAAGUGGAGGUGGAGGCGGGAAAAGAGGGGAUGAAGUUUGAAGCGGGUCCAUUCUCCUUCUAUGGGAUGAUGGCUUUGACAGCCUCGCCAGUCCCUCUGUCCCUGUCCCGUACAUUCGUGGUCAGUAGAGCUGAAUCACCAGCAGGAUCUCCAGAAAACAAGUCUCCUCCGAGGCCGUUUGGACUCAACCACUCCGACUCUCUGAACCGGAGCGAUCGUAUAGACGCCAUCACGCCAACUCUCGGCAGCAGCAACAACCAGCUCAACUCCUUCCUGCCGAUCUACGUACCUGACUACUCCGUCAGAGCGCGCACAGACCUGCAGUAUGUAAAGGUAACACGGCAACAGUACCAGAACGCCGUCCUGGUGUCACGGAUGGACAAAACACCCCAAUCCACAGACAGUGAGUUCACUAAGAUCGAGCUCACGCCGACGGAGCUCCACGACGGAGUGGAGCCCCCCGCUGUGGUCGUGGUCUCCAGCACCGCCACGGACACCGCCGCCCCGGCGGUGUCCGUGGCCAACGAGACGUCCCACCUGCUCAACCAGCAGCAGAACUGUGUGGGCCUCAGCAGGAGCAACCACAGCGCCCACAACGAGGGACCCAUCUAGCCACCGCCGAGCCCCGGCGGAGACCCCCACCCCCCCACAAGACCCUCCACCCUGUCUCAUGGACACACACACGGAGAGGUGGCGUAGACGGAGACGAGGGAAAGUGUGGGGGAAGCGGCGGAGGCGAGUGGAGUGAGGGUUCUGCUCCAAAACCGGUACCCCCUCCCCCCCAAGUUAGCCAGUGAGACCCUUUCGCGGAGGGACAGUGAGUGGGGAAGACGGGUACUGCGCGUCACCCUGAACGCCCCCCACCUGAACGUCGUCAGAAUCCCCCGCUCCACUACGCCCUCUUACAGCUCAGUCGAAUGUUGAUCCCAUCAACGAGGACUCAAACCCAAACAAGCAGAGCGGCUGGUGAAAGACUGCGCCACCAAAUACCGCUUUGGAAGAAACCGCUAAACCACGAACCAAGAAUGUUUUCCUGUAUUUAUUUAUUUUAUAAUAUUGUAUGUACAUAUGUAGGCGUGGAGACAUGAUAUGACAUGAACUGGCACACCAGCAUGCACGAGCAUGUACACGGAAGGCGUGCGUGGGGGCACGCGUGUCAUAUCAACACAAAAGGACAUGCUACAUAUAUGGAGACGAACAUCCGUUCAUGUAUAUGAGGAGGUGAGGGUCUUUUACAGAUACAGUAUGUAUAUUACAGAUCUUGUUAUUUUUACUAUUAUCCUAAAUCAGGCUUAUGGUACACUAUCUUUUUCACCUUAAAACAAUCACACUAUUGCCUUUAAGAGAAAUCAUAUUAUUAAUUAUUUUAACAAAGUGCGAUGAACAGCAAUUUAUUUAAGAGAUGAUUAUGAAUUUUUAAAAAGAAUCACUGUAUUAUAAAUUGACAGAUAUAUUUGUAUGUAUAUGUACAUUUCUUUUUUUGUUUUGAAUAAUGCUAAACUGCAGCCAUCCACAAGUAAAAUUGUCCUUAGUCAGUCACUCUUUUUCUCUUUCAUGUUUUUGCAUCAUUUGACCUCAAACAUAUGUCUUUAUGUUCAUAUGGGAGUAAUGCUGCCUAGACUUUAAGUGCCAUACCUAUGCAUGUGGAGGUUGUGUGUCUUAUUUUUUUUUGCCAAUUUUUACGCAUAGUCAAACUUGAUAAUUGCACAGUAUUAAUGACCUCAUCUAACAUGUUGAGCAUCAUCAACGUCACAAAGAGUAACCUCGACAUUAAACGUGUCCACGAAUGAUA